UGUCUAUCCAGGCAAAGAUACCUUAAAGGGAGGAAGGGGGAGCAGCGGGUGGUCCUUUCCAUAUGGCUUGUCUAGUUGCGUCAAAAUGCUGUGCAUCCUCAUUAGUGAUGUCACGGUCUGGUGCAACAGGAUUGUGAUACUCCACCCUGCCAAAAUUCACCUGUUGAGUCACCUGGAGCCACGCAGCAAUCCUAGACUGGAGGCACUGGAUGCAAGAAGUCGGGCAUGGGAGGUGUCUACUCAAGUGAUAGGAUGGCGGGAUUUUUCUCCUAUGAGAGCUCACAGGUCGACUGGUGUGAAGACAACUACAAACACUCUGAGCAUGUGGUGGAGUUCUUUAACACUAUGAGCAGCUUCAUUUUCUUCAUUAUAUCUCCCAUCAUGCUCUACCUCCUUCACCCUUACGCCAAAGAGAGGAACUUGGCAAUCCAUCUGGUCUGGGUCAUGAUGUUAUUCGUAGGUAUCUUCUCUGCCUACUUCCACAUGACUCUCAGUUUUGCCGGCCAGAUGCUGGAUGAGCUGUCAAUCUUGUGGGUGUUGGCAGUGGGAUACGCCAUAUGGUUCCCACGCAGACUGUUCCCUUCUUUUAUAAAAGACAGGUCCACCUUCUCAAGGCUCAUCCUGGUGGUUACUGUCAUCACUUCCGUGUCCUCCUUUGUCCAACCUACAGUCAAUGCCUAUAUUCUCAACUGCUUCGGCCUGCACAUGCUCUACAUUCUAGCUAAUGAGAUGAGAUGCUGUACUGACCAGAAGGUUUUGAGACUGGCCAAAUUGUCGGUGGCUUUGUGGAUACUGGCUAUCUCCUGUUGGAUUAGUGAUCGUUUUAGCUGUGGAUUUUGGCAGAAGCUAAACUUCUGCUACUUGCACAGUAUCUGGCACAUUUUGAUCGUGAUAGCUGUGGCAUAUGGGAGUACGCUGAUAGCUUACCUGGAUGCCAACUACGAGAUCCCCUACUCACUACCUGGACUGCAGUACUGGCCCUGUGAUGAAUGGGCACUUGGAUUACCUCACAUUGUCCUGAGAGGCACAACAAAGACACUCAAAUGGAGCGAAUUCUCCUGUUGACCACAGACAGCCUCAAUGAAAAAUUCAGAAGAAAUGUGAUAAAGCUGGACUGGAGAGACUGCCUGGCAAGCCUCAAAUGGGAAUGUUCAACUCUUAACAACAUGUAUCGUUCUUCUCAUUGUAUCCAAUUCCACAUCCAAACUGAUUAGCAAAACUCAGCCAUGUCUUCACUUGUGAAGAUAUUAAUUGCACGUGACACACAAUUUCCUUUUUCUUUUUGGGGGAUCUUAUUUUAUUCUGUUAAUCCAUCCCAUUUUUUAAAAUCAGUUUAAUUCAUUCCAUGACCACACUUGUAUCUCAACUCAUCUUUCCCAACUGAAAUGAAUGGAAAUGCUUGUAAUCUGUUCUACCCCAUAAAUAACACCAACCAAGAUAUUUUGUAAUGCGUUUUUUAGAAAAAAAAAAAAAAAAAAAAAGCACUCCACAGUAGUGUUCUUUAUAGAAACAUGCACUGUCCAGAUAGUUAAAUUAUAACUAAACAAUUUGUGCUUCAUGAUUUCAUUUUUCUUUUUUUCAUAAUUUCCCACUUAAAUGCCCAUUGACAUUGUGCUCCAUCCGGUGUGUGCGCUUUGGCCACUAGGGGGCUGUGUACAUAUUACAUGUAGAAGAGUUACACAACUCAGUGACACAGUAAACUGCAGUAAUAUCAGUCAUAUUUCACGGCUUUUAGCUAUUCUGUUCUGUUCCAUUGAAUGAUUGAUUGCUAUGAAAACAAAUAUCAAUUUGUUUAAACCACAACAUCAACACCAUUUAGCACUGGUAUCUCAAAUUUUUGUUCGCAACCCAAUCAUUGGCCAAGCGACAGCUCGUACCUAAAAAAAACUCGUAAAUCGAGGUUCAACUGUACUUCUUUCUUUGCAGUGCAAUUUUUUUUAUCUUCCCUCACAAUGUAUAAGCACAGGAAAAGCACAAUGGACGCCAGCCACACUUGUCACUGGAGAACCAUGCAAUUUCUCCAGCAGAAAAAAACGUCGCAAUAAUAAUAAUGAAAAGUUACAAUUGGUAUUUUAUUAUCAUUAAUAUAAUGGGUUUGAUUACAAACAUGCAAGUGUUUUCUUUUUUAAUAGUCAUCAUUUGUACUGGAUAAUAAUAAUUAUCUGGGUUUACUGUUAGAAUUUCCAAGCAUCUCCCUGAGUGUCCAACAAAGGGUUAAAAAUGGCAGAUAACAAUUGCUUUUUAUCAUCAACGUCCAGGGACGGUGAUUCAUUAAAACAUUAUGGAAUAAAGAUGAUGUUUAUCAUUGCCGUGCCUAAAGAACUUUUGUCAAGGAAAUGAUCAUUCAAAUUAUAAUAAAGUGCUUGUUUGUGAAAUCUAUUUCACAUCAUA